AUGGCACCGACUAAACAGGUGAACGCUGGGCCACGACAGCCUCCUACACCGAAACCUGUGUGGAAGCGAAUAUAUGCUGAUGUCGUUCGCUCUAGACACGAUGGAAGCGCCGAAGACGUAGGACACAGGAUCGAGUUGGACUGCUCAUUGGCUCCGGUCCCGACGAUGAUCGAGCUCAUUGCUCAUUGCUUUGGCCCUGAUGCAAUAUGGAGGUAA